AUGGAGGACGACGAAGGGUACACAGUACUGAACCUCCGGCCGAAGAGGGGAAACUCAGCCAGUCCGUCUCCAGACGGAGGCCAAGAAUCUCCUCCGAGUUCCCGUUGUUACAGAAUCGCUCUAGGAGCUUUGGGGGCCUGGUGUAUCAUUCUGACGUUAGCAGGGAUUGCACUAGGCGCCUGGGUUUUCCAGGGUCCAGCUCAUGAAGACCGUCUUGGAGCAGCAGGGAACGCAUCCCUGGAGGAGCUGGUGUCUCACUUGAGGCAGCGUCUGUGCGACUCAGCACCCGGCAGCGCUGCAGAUGGUUCCGGGUGCAAAGUCUGCCCCCGGGACUGGCUGCCCCACAGGGACAAAUGCUAUUGGGUCUCUAAAGAGAGUAAGUUCUGGAGCGAGAGCUUUAAAGACUGCGAAAUGAGGACGUCUCAGAUGCUGGUGAUCCAGGACAGGGAGGAGAUGGAGUUCAUACAGAACAUUACUCAAGGGACAAAUCUUGUUUGGAUUGGACUCACCAUUAAAUCGCCAGAGAAGAAAUGGACCUGGGUGGACACUUCCCCAUUAGAUCAAAGUCUGUUCCCAGUAACUGGCUCUGCUGAAGGAAACAGCUGUGGGAUGAUCAGAAGGAAUCGGAUUAAUUCUGAAUCUUGCAACACCGAAUUCAAGUGGAUUUGUCAGAUCGGAGCCAUCCUGCUAUAAACCUGGUGGUCCCUGCUUGGAAAAAAUUGAACGCUUUGUAUUUUAGUAUAUGGGCAGUGAUGAGUUUUAC